AUGUACUAUCUCGAACAGCUCCGUGCGCUAGUGAGACGUUAUCUCGAGCGUCGCUCGCCAGAUCCACGCAUCCAGCAUACGUUCAUCGUGCAGAGCAUUAACCGUGUCGGUGGUAUGCUCGGUAUCGACAUCUUUACACCCGGCUACUCCUCCACCAAUCUCCUGCUGCGGAUGGUCCUGCUGAACACGUUCACCUUUUUCUGGAUCAAUCUCUACAGCCUGACCACCACCUACGGCAAUCUGGUCGACUUUAUGUACAGCUUCGAGACGCUGCUGUACGUGGGCAUCGCCUGCAUCAAGAUGUACGUGUUCAUCAAGAACAAAACGCUCAUCCUGCAGAUGCACCAGUACAUGAUCGACUUUUUCGACCACUUCCACGGCGAUCGGGAACAGGACGAGCUGCUGGUGCGAACACUAAACAACACGACCCUGCUGUCGUCACUGUUUGCGGUAUGUUCCAGCUCGGCGCCGGGCUUACUCUUUGUCGGCUCGCUGCUCUGGUCCAUUGCGGUCGAGUAUGUGCUGCCGUUCGGGUUCUUUAUCCCUACGGUUGGCAUGGAUACGCUGCAGGGGUACACGCUCAACUAUGGGUUUCAAAUGCUCGAAACUACGCUCAUGGUGAUCGGCAUCAUCUCGAGCGAGAGUGCAUUCUUUAUGUUUCAGCAGAACGCGUGCCUGCAGGUGGACAUGCUGCGGUUGCAGCUCAGACGGCUGAGCGAACUGAGUGCGGCUAACGGUGAUGGGAGCAGCACGAAGGAGAUACGAACCCGCAUACAGACAAUCAUUCAGCAUCAUGUCGAGCAUUUGGACUACUCGAAAAGCAUGUGCAGCCUGUUCGAACUGCACUUCUUCAUCGUGUUCGGGUGCAUCUUCUUUCAGCUGGUCAGCAAUGUGGUGGUGAUUGUAUCGGUUCCCGAUUGGUAUCCCGGGUAUUUUCUGUUCAUCAUGCUAACAGUCCAGCUGUUCUUUAGCUGUGCAUUGGGAGAAACGUUCAACAUCAAGAGCGAUGAGCUUACGGUGGCGAUCUACAACGUGCCUUGGUACAAUAUGGAAGUACGCGACCAGAAAGCGAUGCGCCUGCUACUGAUGGCUUCCCAAAAUCCGGGGCGACUUUCGUAUGGCUUUGGGACUGUUAAUAUGCGUGCCUUUUUUGAGAUUUUCAGAAAGACCUACUCCAUAGCCAUGAUGAUGAUCAGCGUUAAUGAGGAAGAGUAA